AUGGGGCAGGGGGUGGGAAUGAAGAACCAGGGGCUGAUUGCCCAUGCAGUGCUCCUUUUCUACAUAAUCAGUGAAAGGGCAGAGCUCUUGAGCACAGAGAGAACAAUGAACGAGGGAAAGAGAUUCUUCAGGGAAAGAAAUACAGGCAAAUCCUAUUUGCAGCUUCCUAACUUGCUUCCUAUUCUACAUGUCUCAGGGACCACUGGCAUCACGGCAGAGAUGAACCUCACCUUGGUGACUGAGUUCUUCCUCAUUGCAUUCACUGAAUAUCCUGAAUGGGCACUCCCUCUCUUCCACUUGUUUUUAUUUAUGUAUCUCAUCACCUUAUUGGGGAACUUAGGGAUGAUUAUCCUGAUCCGCAUGGAUCGCUGGCUCCACACCCCAAUGUACUUCCUUCUGAGUCACCUCUCUUUCAUGGACAUCUGCUACUCAUCUGUCACUGUCCCCCAGAUGCUGGCCAUGCUGGAGCAUGGGGCAGUUUCAUCCUACACAUGCUGUGCUGCUCAGUUCUUCCUCUUCACCUUCUUUGGUUCCAUCGACUGCUACCUCCUGGCCCUCAUGGCCUAUGACUGCUACUUGGCUGUGUGCCAGCCCCUGCUUUAUGUCACCAUCAUGACACAGCAAGCCCGCUUGAGUCUUGUGGCUGGGGCUUACGUUGCUGGUCUCUUCAGUGCCUUGGUGCGGACAGUCUCGGCCUUCACUCUCUCCUUCUGUGGAGCCAAUGAGAUUGACUUUAUUUUCUGUGACCUACCUCCUCUGUUAAAGCUGGCCUGUGGGGAGAGCUACACUCAGGAAGUGGUGAUCGUUGUGUUCACCAUUUUUGUCAUCCCUGCCUCCAUGGUGGUGAUCUUGGUGUCCUACCUGUUUAUCGUCGUGGCCAUCGUGAGGAUGCCCUCUGCCGGAAGCCGGGCCAAGACCUUCUCCACCUGCACCUCCCACCUCACUGCUGUGUCACUCUUCUUUGGUACUCUCAUCUUCAUGCACCUCAGAGGUAACUCGGGCCAGUCUUUGGAGAAGAAUCAGGUAGUGUCUGUGCUUUAUACAGGGGUCAUCCUCAUGUUAAAUCCCCUCAUUUACAGCCUGAGGAACAAGGAAGUGAAGGAGGCCUUCAGAAAAUUUCUCAAUAGAGUCAAGUUGUCCUAA